UUUCUUCUUAUUAGUAUUUUCAUUUCCAAUGAUUAUUAAUAUUAUCACUUCGUUCCUAUGAAAAGAGAUUUCCAUCUUAUUCAGAAGCAAAAUUAAGUAAGGAAAAAAAAAGUGUGGUGUGUUGGAGAAGAAAAGUAAAAUUCCAUGUCACACAGUUUUCAUCAACACCAAGGAUUUUACAAUUUCUCAAAUGUAUAUGAGAGAUCUGCAACGACGACGAAGCAUGAGGAAAUGUUAAGAGUACAAGGUUUUGAGCCGCAGCAAGUUGAAGUAACAGCGGUGGCUGUUGAGCCGCCGCCUACUGCAACGGUUUAUGACGAUGGUGGGAUGUUGACGGAGAUUAUCAGCUACCCAUCUGCGUGGCGGAAAACCGCCACGGAGAUAUUAGAUGAUCAGAUCCAAUCGAGUAAUUAUCGAUCGUGGCCACAAAAGGAGCAGCAGCAUCUUCAGCAGCAGCAACAACUUCUUCCACAAUCGAUAAUAAACGAUGCUGAGCUUCCUUUAAUGAAUCCUCAUAUUAAACCGUCAUCUCCGCCUCGUUCUUCAUCUUCACUUCACAUGUUACUUCCAAACUCAGUAGACACAAACAACCUUCUUCAUCAUCAAGGAUUUCACUUGCUUAAUCCAGCACCCGUGGAAACUCCGUCUCAAUUCACAUGGGUUCCAGGUAAUAGUAGUGGAGAGGACAAUUCUACUAGAAUUGGAAGAGUUGUGGAUGGUCAAGGUCUUUCCUUAUCACUUUCUAGGAAUUUCGAAGCUGCUGCGAAAUUGGAAGACUUGAGAAUUGGUAACGGUGAAAUUUACUUGCAUAAUAAUCAAGGACUAUUAGGUCCGAUUAAUAACAACAACAACCACCACCACCAUCAUCAACUGUUACAUUCAGGAGUAAUUAUGGAUCAUCGUACUCCUCCUCCUCCUCCUCCUCUUCCUCCUCACACUAGUACGGGUCAUCAUCAAAUUCAUGUUGGAUACGCAGCAUCAUCACCAAGAAUAUUAAAUGCUCUAAGAAAUUCACGAUAUGUAAAAGCUACACAAGAGCUACUUGAAGAAUUUUGCUGUGUAGGUAGGGGAAAUUUCAAAAAUCAAAGGGUGAAGAAAUUCGAUGAUGAUCAAAACCCUAAUUCCAACUCGGAGAGUGAAGAUCAUCGUGGUCCCUCUAAAGAUAAUCAUCCUCCAUUGUCAGCUGCUGAGAGAUCUGAAUAUCAAAGGAGGAAAAUCAAGUUGUUAUCUAUGCUCGAUGAGGCAUAUGCAAGGUACACGCGUUACUGCGAGCAAAUGCAGGCGAUGGUGAACUCAUUCGAUUCAGUAAUCGGUUACGGUGCGGCUGCUCCAUACACAUCGUUAGCUCAGAAAGCGAUGUCGAGGCAUUUCCGGUGCAUAAAGGAUGCAAUUGUUGGGCAAUUGAAACAGACGUGCAAGUAUUUGGGGGAGAAAGAUGUGACGGGAACGAGUGGGUUAACAAAAGGGGAAACGCCGAGGUUGAAAAUGCUUGAUCAGAAAUUGAGGCAACAAAAGGCAUUACAUCAAAUGGGAAUGUUGGAUUCUGAAGCUUGGAGGCCGCAAAGAGGAUUACCGGAGAGAUCUGUUAACGUUUUAAGGGCAUGGCUUUUUGAGCAUUUUCUUCACCCGUAUCCAAGUGAAGCAGACAAACAUUUGUUGUCCAGGCAGACUGGUUUAUCUAAAAAUCAGGUAUCAAAUUGGUUCAUAAAUGCUAGGGUUCGAUUGUGGAAACCUAUGGUGGAAGAGAUGUAUCAACAAGAAACCAAAGAAGAAGAAACAGAUCAAGAAGAAGAUCAAGAGCAACAGCAACCAGAAAAACAAGCACAAAUCCCAAUGCACGACAAGACUACCAACAUGGCCACGUCAUCAGCAACAACAAAAGCAAUAACAAUGCCAUUAUCAUCAGUAAGAUCCGAAUUUAAUGCUAAUGAAAGAGACCCUUCAAAAAACAUCAUCAAUUAUAGGCAGUACGCCUUGGGAAACCAACUAGUAAUGCUCCAAUCAGAUGACACCACAACCGCGUCCACCUCUAAUCAUCAUUACUUCACUGCGGUGGACGCGGUUGAUUUGGUGGCUAAUUCAAAUGCGGUCAAUACGGCCGCAUUUGGAUCUCAGCAAGCUGGGGAUGUAUCACUCACAUUGGGACUAAGGCACUCGGAAAAUGUACCAAGGAAGCCAGCCCAAUUCCAAUUAAGAGACUUUGGAGCUUAUUAAUUAGUAUUAUUACUACUUUUAUCAACAAUUUUAAGUUUAAAGAGUAGAAAUAAUUAAGAAAUGGAAAGUAAUGCUAUAAUGUAUGAAUUUACUUUAUAAUAGUAUUGGGAUAUCAAUUGUAUAAAUGGGGAAUUUGUAAUCGUAUUUUAGU